AUGGGAUGGGUUAUACGAGCAAAGACGGUCCUGUUGCCUCUCCCCACCAACCGUUCCGCGCACAUCGUCUGCACCGUCUACCACACCGCUAGGAUGCCCACCGCGACGAAGAAAUCGACAACUAAAGCGACUUCCAAGGCCUCUGCGACAGCCUCCAAAGCUGCGGGCUCCACGCACCCAAGCUGGGUGGAUAUGAUCAAGGAAUGUAUCAUUGCGCAUCCUGACGAGGCCCGUACUGGUGUCUCUAGGCCCACGAUCAAGAAGUUCGUCGAAACCAAGUACCACAUUCAGCUUAACGCCGCCGCUGCUAGCCAGUUGAAUAGGGCUAUCUCCAACGGCAGCGAGAAGGGAAUCUUCAGUCUUCCAAAGGGUCCCUCUGGAAAGAUCAAGCUCGCUCCCAAGGCGAAGGCCGAUGCUGCCAAGGAGAACAAGCCCACGAUCAAGAAACCCACUGCGGGCAAGGGUACCGCCACCAAGGCCAAAGCCACUGCCACCAAGCCUGCUCCCGCUAAGAAGGCAAAAGCAGAACCAACCAAGGCGAAGGCCGCUGCUAAACCUGCCGCGAAGGCUGCUACGAAGACUGCUUCUGCAAAGCCCGCUGCGAAACCGGCUGUGAAGAAGACUGCGACGACUAAGAAGACCCCAGCCGCCAGUGCGACCAAGAAGGCAACAACCACCAAGAAAGUCACAACGGCCAAGAAGGCUGCUCCCAAGCCUGCGAAAAAGGCUGUUACAGGAGAGGCCAAGAAACCCGCAUCCAAGGCAAAGGCCAAACCUGCUAGCACAACCAAGAGUAAGCCUGCUUCCACGAAGGCGAAACCUGCCUCCGCUAAAGCGGCAACCAAGACUAAACCUGCCUCCAAGGCUAAGCCUGCCUCCAAGGCCAAACCUGCCUCCAAGACCGCUGCGACCACAGCAGUGGCUGCCACUACCAGUGCCUAA